AAUUGAAAAUUCAACCAUUCUUGUAAGUUGUUAAGAGCAGCAGGUUUACACGAACAUAAAAUAAAUAAGUUUAUUGCCAAUAAAAACUAAAGUUAAAAUAAAAUAAUGAAUAAUAAAAGAACAGAUGUAAAGUGAUAAACAUUGUGUGCGAACGGAGAAUAUUGAUUACAUUAUUUGUUUUAACCUUCAACCUUCGGAGAAAAGAAAAAACAAGGAGAAGGUUUAGCUAAUUGUUGUCCGUCUCAGGAGAACAAGGAUAAGGGAAAAUAACUCGGAUUAUUGUGAACGAAAAAAAACACAAGAAGAAAGAAAGUCGUUAUUGUGAAUGAUUAGCUGAAUAGUGAUUUCUGUGGUUUCGUUUUAUUGUUUUUUAAUUCAACUGAAGUUAUUUUUAAAUGUUUUAAUGAGAAGCAAAAUAAAAGCAAAUUGAAUUAUUUGUUAUUGCUGUUGUGUGCUGUGUAACGAGAAAGACCAUUAAAAGCAGCAACAACUACAAGAAGAACAAGUGUAUUUACAAAAUCUUCAAGAACAACAACAAAAACAACACAGGUGAAAAAGAAUAAUACAGGUGUUGGGUGGAAAUACAAGAAAAAUAACAAGAACAACAAAAAAAAAAAACACUACACAACGAAGAAAAAAAGAUAAUUACGUGGUGAUAAAACAACAAAAACAGAAAAAAUAAACACACAAUGCCAUCUUGUGGCGGACCUGUUUAUCAGCCCACCACAGUCUCCUAUGAGCCACGCUCAAGCAGUGGUAAUGGCUCUGGAGGUGGCAUGGGCUUUCUAGGACCGGCAUCCUCAAUGGGAGUUGAUUCUCCAUUGCGUAUUUUUCGCAAACCCAAACCCCAAGUUGCUCUAUUGCUGUUCGCAUUGAUUGCAUUGGCUGCCGGUGUGGCCAUGCUGGCCAGUGGCUAUGUUGAUUGGAUAGAAGAUCAGGAAUAUGUGCGACAAUUAAAGGAGCAAACACCCCCCGUUAAUGCCGUAGAAAAUACCAAAACAGAUAGUGGCGAACAACAAACGGAAGAAUCUAGUACAAGUGAGACCCACGAGGCCGUCAAUCCUUGUGUGGAAAUUCCUUUGGGCAUUAUAUUGGGCGGUGUGUUUAUGACAUGUUUGGGACUGGCGGCCAUGGGCGUUUAUCUUAAAGUGGCCGAUUGGCGUCGCAGCUGUGUGUGUCCUUGUCCCUUUUUCGACAAGAAACAAUCGUUGGCCCGUCAAUUACAAUGUCAAAAUGUGGAUGGCGGUUGCGGCGGCCAAGGAAUUAUGGCCCUGAAUCCAUCUACAGAUCCAUUGGUCUCGCACACACAAUACGCUCCCGUCUCCGAGCUGCCAUCCUUGAUGCCAGAUAAUAAAGAUUGCCUCAGCAGUGCUGAAGAAUCUGAUCGCAUGCUUGAACCAGAUCCCCGAAUUGUUUUACGUCCCAUGGGUCGGGUUGAAGAUGCCUAAAGGGACGGAUGACUCGUAAAAAAAUUACAAACGAAUUGGGAGAGCUUGCAGAUUUAUAAAAACAAACGGCAACAACAAACUUAACGAAACAAAAACAACUUGCAAACAAAAGAAAACAAAAAACAAUCAACACCAAUUAAAGAAAAAAAUAACAACAACAAUGGCAACAUAAUAUAAUAGAAAUUAUAAGAAUUUUUACUUUAUUCGACAACUAAGGAAUUCAAAAUAUUUAAGAUUAUAUUUAUUUAUUUUUUUUUUGUUUAAAAAUUUUUUAUUUUAUUUAUUUUGUCUCAAAAUCGAGAGAGAUAAAAAUGAACACAAAUUAUGAAUAUAUUUCAAAACGAAUUUAUUCCUCAAAAAUAAUUAUUAUUUAAAUAAUCACAAUUUUUUUUUUCAAAAUUAUUCAUAUAAAAUAUGAAUUGCAAAAUUUAAAAAUUUUAUUUAAAUAUUUAUUCAAAAUAACAAUUACACAUGUUCGAUUAAUAUUCAGAAAUAUUAAGCCAACAAUUAUUUUGUUCAAAAAUACACUAAUAUCUAAGUAAAUAAUUACAAAAAAAUAAUGUAAUGUUACACUCACACAUACACUUAUUAUCCUCUACACUGAAAAACAACAAACACACACACACAAAUGAAUCUCAAUAUUGUUGAAAAUUCCACAUUUGAAAAGAUUAUGUCUGAAUUUAUUUUUUCCUUUCUUCUAUUUAUGAAAUAGGCUAAGAUUAAGGGAAAGCAUUUUUAUUUUUUUUUUUUUUAAUUUUUGACUGAUAGUCUUCAAUAUUUUUUUAAUAAUUUUGUAUGAAAACAUUAUGCUUUUGAUAAGCUAUAAUCAGUUUUAUAUUUUACCAUAAUUUGAGGUUAUGCUAUGAGAUUAUUUUUUCUAGGUUAGAUUUUUGAAUAUUUUAAGAAUAUUUUUUAUAUCUAUUAUUGUUUUCAUUUUACACUUUAAACUGUAUUUUUUAAUAUGUUGAUGAUUUCAUUAAAUCAAAAAUAAAAAAGAAAUAAUUUUUUAAAAACAUUUCCAAAACAUAAACAACAUGUACAAAAAAAGUUAUAUGGAAACUCCUGCUUUAUAUUUUCAAAAUUUACACUCACUCACUGUUAGCUAAUGACAUUAAAUUAUUUUUGGCUAAAGGUUUUUUUGUACUUAAAUAAUAAAAAACAACAACAACAAUAUUGCUUGUACUACAACACCACUUGGUAGAAUGUAUGGCAGCAUCAACGUUUAAUGCAAUACUAAGUAUUUAAAUAAAUAUAAAUAAAAAUUGUAUUUAAUUUUUUUUUCAUUUUCUUAUAUUUUCUCUUAGCUGUACUAUAGAAAAGAAGCCUAACACCAUUUCUUAAAUUCUUCUUUUUUGGUGGUCACUGUAAUUGAUUGCUAGUAGGGUGUCUUGAUAAUAACACAAUAAAAC